AUGCGAAGCUUGUGCCUCUUGCGCGAAGCGCACGCGGAGCUCUUUCCUGGCGAUGACCUGGUAGCGGAGGACGACGGCCGCAGGCGGCAGCCGCAACGCUCGCUAGUCACCGUUGAUACCGACACCACGACCGUGUAUUGCGCGGUAAACUCGACGAGCACUUUUUGUACGAUAUACAGCAUAGGCUCCGACAAUAACGUCGCGGAGUUUGCGACGCUUCCCAACCCCGAUCUCGACUUGUCGGGUUCCUGUGAGGUUGUUGGCCUCCAAUAUCUGCCUGAACUACAAGCACUAUGUCUAGCCUUGGGUGGGGGAGAUCUGGUCGUCAUACGGAACGAAGGGAGCGUGGAACCACAACACGAAGUCAUGGGUUCUAUCGACGCCGGGAUACUCUGCAUGGAGUGGAGUCCAGAUCAGGAACUGGUGGUGAUCAUCACUGGAACCGGAACCCUGCUCGAAAUGACGAAAGACUUUGAGGUCAUCACAGAAGUGCCCAUCCAUGUCGAGGCCACUGGCGAGGCUUCUCAUGUCAGCGUAGGAUGGGGUCGCAAAGAGACACAAUUUCAUGGUUCAGAGGGCAAGCACGCCGCUUUGCGCAAAGACGAACCCGCUCCAGGCACAGCUCGCUUGUCCUCUGAUGAUGACUUAAGACCCAGACUGUCAUGGCGAGGGGAUGGUCAAUAUUUCGCAUGUUCAGCCGUUGAUCCAAAUGGCGAGAAGCGGGUAAUCCGAGUAUAUGACAGGGAGUGCGCGCUCCAGUACACGAGCGAAAACGUUGCACAGUUGGAGCAUGGCUUAAAUUGGCGGCCGUCUGGAAACUUGAUUGCGUCAAGUCAAAAGCUCCCUCACAGGCACGAUAUCGUGUUCUUCGAAAAAAACGGGUUACGGCAUGGCGAAUUUCAACUGCGCAGUAGCGACGCAGUUGUCGUGGACAUGGCAUGGAACGCCGACUCUUCGGUACUCGCAAUUUGGCUGGAGUCUCGUGGCGCCGCUGGAGAGGAUCUCUCGUCAAGCGUUCAAUUAUGGACGAUGAACAACUAUUAUUGGUAUCUGAAGCAAGAGAUUAGACCGCGAAGUACCGACAAAGUCUCGGGAUUCGCAUGGGAUCCUGAAAAUGCGCUCAGAGUACACGUCCUGACGAGUAAAGGCUCGUAUCUCAGGUACGACUACUGCACGGAUCAGUUCGUGUCCUCAUCGCUGAACCAUGAGAAUCCUGCAACGGUGGCGGUCAUCGAUGGGGCAUCGGUUCUCCUCACGCCAUUCAAGCACUUGAAUGUGCCGCCGCCUAUGAGCGCCUUGAAGGUGACUCUGCCGGCUCCCGCGGCGCAUGUCAGCUUCGGACCGGGGAACGCUGGAGACGAUUUGGUUGUGCUUCUUUGCGAUUACACUGUGCAGCUGUAUAGCAGCGCCAGUCUGAGGAAGCCGGUGAAGACUCCCCAGCUAGUCGGCUCGACAAGGCUGCCGACCGCUCACGGAGAGUCUUAUCGUCAAAUAGCCUGGAUAAGCUCUCACGUCAUCGCAACCAUCGCCUACAACGCGGAAACCAAUGAAGACAGCGUCGCCAUUUUCGACUUGAACUCAACGACGUACGAAUUGGCUAGCAGGAAGACGGCGAAGGUGAUUCACGGCAGCCGUUCACUGUGCCGACUGCAGUACAACAUCCUAUUGCAGACCUUACUGGUCGAAGCUGUGGACGGGAAAACCGCACAAGUGUCGAUAGAUUCAGAUGAGCCGUCGAUACUAUUUCGUGAGGGAUUUCCGACACAGUGUCCCUGGAUAUCCGCAGUGCAGCUUCGCCCGCCAACCGGUACCCCGACCCGGUUGUUCAUUGGACUGAGCGAGCGGAACAAGCUCUAUGCCGGGGAUCGGCUGAUAUCCUCAGAUUGCACGUCAUUUUUCGUGCACAACGAUUUUCUUAUCCUGACAACAUUCACCCACACCGCACGCUUCAUAUCCCUCCACGUGUCCCCCGAAGAUUUCAAACUGCCCGAAAUCUCCUCCUCUCCUUUCGAUGAACACAUCCGACGCGUGGAACGUGGAUCAAAGAUUGUCAUCGCGGCGCCGGCGGAUGUGUCGCUCGUUCUGCAGAUGCCUCGAGGAAAUCUCGAGACGGUAUAUCCCCGUGCUCUGGUGCUUGCCGCUGUCAGGCAGGCGCUGGACCGCAAGGAUUACAAGACGGCGUUCAUACAGUGCCGGAAGCACAGGAUCGAUAUGAACUUGAUUGUUGAUCAUGGCUCCACGGCUUUUACGGAAAAUGUUCUCGAGUUCGUAAAGCAGGUGGAGGACCCGGAGUUUCUCAACCUGUUCAUCUCAGGAUUAAGAGAUGAGGACGUCACCAUCACCAUGUACGCCGGCUCCAGCGCCGCAGCCGCGACUCCCGUCAAGCACGUCCCACGCGGCACAGUCAGACCCGGCGCCAUGGUCGGCAAAGUCAACAAAAUCUGCGACACAACCCGGCAAGCGCUCGAAACCGUCGACCCUAAACGCUACCUCCAAUCCAUCCUCACCACGGAUGUCAAGAAAUCCCCCCCGGAUCUCGAAACCGCCAUGCAACGCAUCAUGCAGGUCAAAAAGCAGGAAUCGUCCGAAGCUGCCGACGUUGCCCUCAAAUACGUUAUUUUCUUGGCGGAUGUGGAUAAGCUGUACGAUGUCGCAUUGGGGAUGUAUGAUUUCCCGUUAACGUUGAUGGUCGCGCAGCACUCGCAGAAGGAUCCGAGGGAGUACCUUCCGUUCCUCUCUGGGCUGCAGAAACUGGAACCGCAUUACCAGCGUUAUAUGAUUGACGACCAUCUUGGAAAGCGGGCGAAGGCACUUGGACACCUCAGUUUAGCUGGUGAACAGUACUACAAAGACUGUUUGGCGUACAUGGAUAAACACAACCUCUAUAACGCCGCCAUGACCAUCUACAGAGACCAGGAUGUCAAGUACAGACAGGUGGUCAAGCUGUAUGCGGAUGAGAUGGCACAGCGGUCCGAGUGGGAGAAUGCGGGAUUGUUGUAUGAGAUGGCUGGUGACAAGAAGGAGGCAAUGAAGGCGUAUCAGGAGGCGCUGAUGUGGCAGGAGACGAUGGCGACGGCACGGGAGGUGGGCUUCUCUGAGCAGGAGAUUGCGAAUAUUGCUGUCGAGCUUGCAGAUGAGAUGACGAGGAGAUUACAAUACCGUGAUGCGGCUCGUGUCUUGCUUGAUCACGCAAAACGGCCAGUUGCUGCGAUCAAAACCUUGGCAAAGGGGUCGCUAUGGGCCGAGGCCUCGCGCACUGCGUAUCUGCUUGAUUUGCCGAAUUUGGUCGAUGAGGUUAUCAAGCCGAGGGUGCUCGAAGCCUGCACACAACUCCUCGAAGAAAUCAAGGAGAUGUCGGCAGACCUCACCAAACGGCACGACCGCCUCCGACGCUUCCGAAUCGAAAAAGCCAAGGCACUUGCCACCCUGUCCGACCCCUCCUCAGAAGCAAACGACCCAUCCCUCGACAACAUCGACAUGUUCUCCGACACAACCUCCAUGGCCACAACGCGCAUCACAGCCUACACAGGCUACACCAGCUCCGUCGGCUCCCGCGCCACAGCACGCACAGCCAGGACCGCAAAAGCCAGACGGAAAAUGGAGCGCAAGCGCGCCACAGGCCGCGACAAGGCGUUUGAAGACGAGUAUCUCAUGAACUGCAUCAAGACCCUCAUGGAACGCAGCAACGCUAUGCGGCCGGACGUGCUGGCUCUUGUUCGCGCUUUGGCGAGGUAUGACAGGCAAGAGGAUGCUGUGGCGAUGCAGACGCAGUUUGCGGCGUUGGUGAGGAGGUUUGAGGAUGCGUUGCCGGAUGUGUUCCCUGAUGUGGGGGCGACGAAUGCUGUACCGGUUGGGGCGCCUGGGGAGACGACGGAGCAGUUUAAGCAUAGGUUUAUGGAUGCUGCGGCCAAGGAUUUGGAUGCGGGUGGGGAUGGGGUGUUGGGCGAUGCGGUUGCGCAGCAGACGCAUGUGCUGCCUGCUAGGCCGACUUUGUCGGAUGCGCCGUUCUCAAUGGCGAUUUUGGGAUAG